ACGUGUCAUAUUAGUUCUGCUGUUUACAUUCCCAGACUGACCACAAUCUGAUCGACUUUGGAUUAAUCUAUUGUACCUCGUACCCAGUUCUAAUACAAAAGGUGCAGCGAAUAUGAACAGCCACCUCAUGGCCGUCAUCGGUAUAACUUUCCCUUUGUAUGACGAACGACCGCCGUCAAUUCUGGAUGCACUGUCAGUUAUCUGUUGAAGUGAGAUUCAAAACGGUAGUGAAAUAGAAUGAAAUAUGAAUAGCUCUUCCAUUGAAUCUUGAAUGUGUGAAGUGAAGAUGAGAGAGUUGUGAUCGUCUGUGGGACACCAGCGGGCAGUCGGCUACCCGUGACAAUUUGUUCAAACUAAGGAUGAAGAUGGCCUACCUCCUACAUCUGACUUUGGCGAUUCUUCUCCUUGCCACAGCAACAAGGGGAGACUACUCGAGUGAUGAAAUUGCUCUUCUGGCUUCCAUUCGAAACAACACCAGCGUGGACGUCAGACCGAUACAGAACACUGUCGUCACGUCCACCAUCUUGCUGUUUGCUCUCAAUGAUGUGAACAUCGGCUCGGAAACCAUGUCCUUGUCGGGGGCUUUGGUGGUUCUUUGGAAUGACCCUCGACUGAUGUGGGACCCGGCUUCUGCGGGAGGAAUACAGAAGAUAGUUGUCAACACCAAAUACAUCUGGAAGCCACCACUGGUCAUUGAAAAUGACAUCAACUCAGCGGCCGUUCUAGGAAGCGACGGCACCCCUCUCCGAGUGUUCCCAAACGGCGAAGUAGUAUGGUCUCCCCCCUUCUCUACGACCUCCAGCUGCUCUGCAGACAUAACGUACUACCCCUAUGACAAGCAGACAUGUUCUCUGACGCUGGUUGGCUGGAGUUACACCACGGAUGAGGUAGAUCUCCUCACUGACCCAAACAGUCCGUUCGAAAUGAAGUAUUUCACCAAUAAUGGAGAGUGGGAAAUGUUGGGCACUGGAUACGAAUACAUUAACGUGACCCAGGGUGAUAUGACAUUCCGGAAACUGGUGUUCAAGGUAACUGUCCGUCGACAAUGGCAGUUCUAUGGCCUGAACAUCAUGCUGCCCCUUAUCCUCAACUCCAUCUUGAUGAUGGUGGUGUUUGCCUUGCCGAUAGAGUCUGGGGAGAAGAUGGGGUACUGUCUGACUGUCCUCCUGUCCUACAUCGUCCUGCUGACUAUGAUAGCUGCCAACCUGCCGCCCAUAUCCAGUCAGACGUCCAUCAUCCAGGUGUACCUGUCCGUGGUCAUGUGUGUAAGCACUGCAGGCACACUCUGCACUAUCGUCGUUCUCCGCCUGUACCACCAGGAUGAGGCCAAACCAGUUCCACCUUGGCUGCAGAAGGUCACCCAGUCCUUCCUGUCUCCCCUGGCGUGCCUCACCUGCACGUCAAACAGAGUGGUGUCCCUUAACGGAAAGAAAACAUCUCCCAAACGUGGCUACAGUUCAAAAGAGAUUGCUCACAUACUGGACAAAUUUCUCUUCCGUAUUUUCGGAACCUUCAUGACUGUCAUGACGAUUGGGUUCGUUUUGUCCCUUAUGAGUAAUUAUUUUUGACAUGAUGAUGUGCCGCUCUCUGUGCAGCAACACUUCUUGUGGAUGUGGAACUGUUCCGUUCCGAUCAGAAACAAGUGUGCACCAGUGCAUGUCGUAAUCCGCCUGAAACAGUGGACUACUCCAGGAACACAUUAUUGAUGACACAGCCGUACCCCUCGGCACAGGCAGGUCUCACUAUUGUCAGCCUACGUUGAUAUAUCUUUAAUGGAACACUACUCAGAAUGUCAACGUAGGUGGUUUCGUGUAUUUGAUUUAUUGGUUUAUUACGAUUGUUUAUUUGUUUAUACACCCAAUUCAACUCAAUGCGUGAUCUUGUCUCUAGAACACAUACAAUAAAUACAAUUGUUCUGCAGCAACAAUGCAGCAACAGCA